AAUGGAAGCAGGUAAGGGAUUUCGCCCUCACAUCGAAGUCUGGUGUUGCUGUGUCUACAUUGCUAAUUUGCUUGACCCUCCAACUUCAAAACCCUUGCAACUGGUUCUGAAACUCCGACCAAUCUGCGCAAGCAACGCUCUUGUAUAGAGAAAGGAAGCAUCAGUAGUUACCAUCUCUCGCUCUCGUUUUCUUCAAGGCUGCCACCAAAUGACGGACCUCUCAGAGGAGGCCAGGCAAAUCGAGAAGCUUUACGAGUUUGGAGAGAGGCUCAAUGAAGCCAAGGACAAGUCUCAGAAUGUGGCGGAUUACGAGGGGAUUAUCGCCGCCGCAAAUACGAGCAUUAAGGCCAAGCAACUGGCGGCUCAGCUCAUUCCUCGCUUCUUCAAGUUCUUCCCUGACCUUUCUUCCCGUGCUGUUAACGCUCAUAUCGAUUUGAUAGAAGAGGAGGAGCUCGGGGUCCGUGUGCAAGCCAUAAGGGGACUUCCCCUUUUCUGCAAGGAUACACCGGAAUAUUUGUCUAAAAUUGUGGACAUUCUUGUGCAAGUUUUAGCUUCUGGUAAGUUUUGUGAAAUAGUUUUUGUAAGGAAUGUAGGUUUUGUGAACUUGAUGGCUGUUGCUUUUGAGAUUGUUGAUGCAGCAUCUUUGACAGCCUUGUUUAAGCAUGUCGGGAGUGUUGAUGAACCAAGUGCUGACGAAGUCAUUCGUGAGAAAGUUCUAAGCUUCAUAAGAGAUAAGGUUUUUCCUCUUAAAGCUGAGCUCUUAAAGCCUCAAGAGGAGAUGGAAAGGCAUAUAACUGAUUUGAUUAAAAAGAGCUUAGCGGAUGUAACUGGUGCAGAAUUUAGAAUGUUUAUGGAUUUCCUGACAAGCUUGAGCAUAUUUGGGGAGAAAGCUCCUCCAGAACGCAUGAAGGAACUAAUUGGAAUUAUUGAAGGGCAGGCUGAUUUAGAUGCACAAUUUAAUGUUUCAGAUGCAGACCAUAUUGACAGGUUAAUAUCAUGCUUGCACAUGGCUCUUCCCUUUUUUGCGAGGGGUGCACCAGGAAGCAAGUUCCUUAACUACUUGAACAAACACAUCAUACCUGUUUUUGACAAGCUUCCUGAGGAAAGAAAGCUUGAUUUGUUAAAAGCCCUUGCUGAUAUUUCACCUUAUACAACAUCACAGGAGUCUCGCCAGAUCCUUCCCUCUAUGGUUCAGCUGCUAAAGAAAUACAUGCCUCGGAGAAAGACUGGAGAAGAGAUGAACUUUACUUACGUGGAGUGCUUGUUGUAUGCGUUUCACCACUUAGCCCAUAAGGCUCCAAAUGCUACAAACAGUCUGUGUGGUUACAAAAUAGUGACUGGCCAACCAUCAGAUAGACUUGGUGAGGACUUCUCAGAGUACUAUAAGGACUUCACUGAAAGAUUGAGCAAUGUUGAAGACCUAACAAGAGCUACAAUGAAGAAAUUAACUCAGGGAAUGGCUGAGCACAACAAAGCAAUGGCAGCUGCUACGUCUGAUGAAGCUAAGGAGAGUAUUAAAACUCAAAAGCAGAAUACUACAACUGGGUUGAGAACGUGUAAUAACAUUUUGGCAAUGACAAAGCCACUACAUUCAAAAACACCAGCUUUUAUUGGAGACAGUACUAUCAAUCUUUCUUGGAAAGAAGCUAUAAGACCAUCUUUGCCAUCUGCUGCAACGGCAACAGGAGGGAAACGGCCUGGUGCUGCCAAUGUUUCAAAUAAUGUAGGAAUGAAAAAAGGCCGUGGUGCUGGUGGUGGUUUGCAAAAUCAGCUUGUCACGAAGGCACUAGAAGGUAUCUCUCGUGGCGGGAGGAGCGGCAUAAGAGGCAGGGGCAGAGGCUGGGGUGGACGUGGAAGGGGUAGAGGCUACAGGUAGUUUUCCUAGAAGGUCAAAUAUUUGGACAAGUUAGCCUGUAUCUGGAAAAAAAAAAAGUAAUUAGACAUAAAAAUGUAAUGGAUUUCUUCCGUUUUGAUUUACAAGUUUAUGCCGAGUUUCUAGAUUUAUUAUGGACUUAAAGUAGCCAAUGAAUCCGCCACAGACGUUUCUAAAUGAUUUUAUAGGGAUUAGGGUUUUGAGUUCCAAGUUGUUGUUAGUAAGGAAUUUCUUCAUAUUUUGUAUCCUAGUGCUCAGCCUGUAAGGAUGUUCUAUAAAUAUGACUUGUAGAAUAUUGUGAUUUGACAGUAAUUUAAAUUUUAUUCGCCUGUUA